GGGCGCAUCUCAACUAGCCGAAUGUGACUGUUGCCUAAUUGCCCAUCUAUCUAUCCACUCUAGCAGAGGAACGAAACGACCUGGGAUCGAGGACGCAACUUCUCUGGUCUGAAUCCAGAUUGCUACCAUAUGCAAGCCACGCGAAACACGCUUAACAUUUCAGGCUGUUGUUCCAAGGCUAAUUUCGGAUACCGCUUUGAACCAGGUGCAGUGUUAGGGUGAGUUGAAUGUGCAGCACCAGUACACUACAACGUUUGACAGAGUUCAGUUACUAAAUGCGCAUAUUGAUAAAUUCACCAAUACCAUUUGUUUUCUAACUGGGAGUUAAAGUUAUGGAUUCAACAGUGGAUAACCGGGAGAGCAAGGCAGCGCUCCGUCCAUGCGUGCCCAGGUCCCUUCUCAUGCGCUGUCUGGUGGGGUUACCUACGGUGGUGUGUUUCAUGUUGUCCGUGAGCUCCAUAGCCGUGUGCCUGCUCAUGAGCUUAAAGACUUACCAACUGGAGAACCGACUGCAUGCGUUAGAGAUGGAGAAAAACACAGUGUUCAACCCGCCGGAGAGCGCCUUCAUGCGCGAGGAUGGGAAUGUAAUACCGACGCUGAGGAGAUCUAUCGAGACGCUACUGCAAGAGAGACUGAGUGAAGUGAUGCCCAAGCUGCGCAUGGCGAGAGACAUCCCACAAGAGUGUUCCUGCCCACCAGGUCCUCCUGGAAAGCGUGGAAGGAUGGGCAGAAGAGGUGACACCGGAGCUCCAGGCAAGACUGGGAGAGAUGGAUACCCGGGCCCGCUUGGCAUGGAUGGCAAACCAGGUCUCCCCGGUCCUAAAGGAAGUCAGGGACCAGCGGGACUCAAGGGAGAUAAGGGUGACCAAGGAGAUAUUGGUCCCAGGAUGGUCUUUCCCCGCUAUGACCAUGGCUUUAUGUCUGGUGACCAGUCCAACUUCCAGAGACGCUUAAUAAAGGGUGACCAAGGGUCUCCUGGCCCCAGAGGCCCUCCUGGAAAUACGGGAAAAGACGGGCCCCGUGGCCCGGCUGGAGAACAGGGUUUCCCUGGUCGUGAUGGUAUGGAGGGCCAAGCAGGUUCACCUGGAAAGCCAGGUGAAGAUGGUGAAGCAGGAUACGCAGGACCACAGGGACCCCCAGGGUCAAAGGGCCCGGCUGGUGAGAGGGGCAUGGACGGACUCCCUGGGUUUAAGGGAGACAAAGGAGAUAUCGGAGAGCAAGGAGCCCAGGGAGACAUGGGUUACCCUGGUGAGAAAGGGGUUCCAGGCUCUACUGAGGUCAUUGACUUCAAUGGGAAGCUGCUAGAAGCCUUCCAGGCCAUCCAGACCAUCAGUGUCAGGGGCCCACCAGGAUUACCAGGGUCCCCAGGUGGAAAGGGAGAGCUAGGCUUGUCUGGACCAUCUGGACUGGAUGGGGAGAAGGGUCCGAAGGGAGAUAUGGGGGAGACAGGGUCAAUCGGAGAGAAAGGAGAGAAAGGAGAGAUGGGUCUCUCUGGGCCAGGGGGAAUAGAUGGACAGAAGGGAGAGAUGGGAGACUCCAGGCUGGAAGAUAACCUGGUUCAGAUGAUUUCUCAGCCGGGCCCCCCAGGACUCCCCGGCCCCCCAGGACUCCCCGGACCUCCAGGGUACAUGGGUCACCAUGGAAUGUCUGGCCCUAAGGGAGAGCCUGGAGACAGAGCUAAGGGGGAAAAGGGAGACAUUGGACCUGCUGGACUGAGGGGUAUGGACGGUCCUCAGGGUCCCCCUGGUCCCACAGGAUUGGUGGGUCUCCCAGGCACAAAAGGAGAGAAGGGCAAGUCCGGGGAGCCUGGAAUGGAUGGUUUCCCAGGCCUGAUUGGUGAGAAGGGAUCCCGGGGAGACAGAGGAGACAAGGGUGACCGGGGGACGAUGGGGAAGAGAGGUCUGAAGGGCGGGAAGGGGGAGCAGGGUCCUCCUGGACUGGACCAGCCCUGUCCUGUGGGUUCUAAUGGGACUAAAGGACUUUCUGAUGAAGGGGUACAGUCCACCCCUCCUCCUCUUCCUCCUUCUGGCCCUGAGCCCCCCUGUCCUUUGGGGCAAGAUGGACUGCCCAUACCAGGAUGUUGGCACAAGUGAUGACUAACAUCAAGCGUGGCCACUGUACAUAUUGAUAUGGUAUAUAUUGCAACUGAAUAGUACAUUGCUUUUUUGUUAUUUUUUGCCUUUUUAUGGAAACGUUUUAUAUAAUAUAUUGAGCUUUUUUUUUAUCAUGGACGUUAUUUUGAGUCAACAAUAUUAACCAGACUGGAUAUAUCUAUCGAUACAGAUAUUUUUUGUACACCUAGACUUUAGAUGUGAAGUAAAAUGUAGUAAAUGGAACACAGCCAUCUUGGAGCAACAUCGGGUUCGAGAAAUAUAGGAGCAAACAGACUCCUAACCUAACAGACAGACAGACUGAUGGGCGGAUGGACGGACAGACACACGUGUUGCUGGAGGGUUGAUGAAUAGGGAGAGUGGGUAAUGACUGCCUUACUAAUGGAGUAUCGUCUGCCCUGUUGCUGCCUGGCCCUGUUGCUGCCUGGCCCUGUUGCUGCCUGGGGGUGUGUGCUUGCUCCACCCUGCUCGAUCCCAUGGAUGGACAGGCCUCCUGGUGUGAUAGACAGAGGAGUGUAGUCAGUGCUCUCUUCUCCUCUCUCUGUUUUUGAAAGGAGGAGACAGAAGCUCAAACGCAAAUGUCUCACUCUCUCUCAGCCCUGAGGGGAGAGCAGGUCUGGAGGACAGAGGGAAGACGCGGGAGAGACAGACAGACAUGAGGGCACAAAGGACAGACAACCUCUAGAGAGUGACGGAACGGUUCUGUGCCAUUCAGUUCCAUUCGGAAUACUGAGAUCCUGUGUAAUGGAAACACACCAGGAGAGGGCGACACAGAACACUGCAUUACCACUUUCACUUGAAGUGAUCUCACCCAUAAAUUGUAGUUGUGGUUUUCAUCACACUCACUGUUGAUUCUGGGCUAAAGAGGCAAGGAUUUACCAUAUGAUGUCACAUAAUAAUAAUAAUAAUAAUAAUAAUAGUAGUGGUAGUAGUAAUACAAUUAUGUGGAUAUGAUGAAAGUGUAUUUAUGACAUCUUUUAUUUUGUGUUGACAUUUAAUAAAAUGCAUGAUCAACACAAGUCACAGCAAUAUACAGCAUCAUGAAAACCUCUCCCAUACCAGCACACUAAGGCAAUAAGUUACUGAGGUAUGUCGUUUGCGAAGAAAAAUCUUUAAGUCUCUAACAGUCUUUCCAUUUACGUGUGGCUUACUGGCAGUGAUAACAAGUGUGAUGUUUUCUUUUAUUCUAGUUGAGUUACAUUUGCAUUCCUGUGCAUGGACGUGUUUGUAUAAUAUACUGAGUUCAUUGUGUUAAAUUCAAAUUCAGAACUGGAGCAAUUUGCAGUAUUCCCAAAUAUGCAGUAUUCCAUCAAUGAAGUUGAACAAACGGUUUGAAUAUGAAGUCAUUUUGUGAUUAAUUUGGCUUUUAUCAGACAUAAGUCAAUUAGAAAUAUCACUUCAGUAUUUUCUGACAGUGUUGACAGUACAGUUUUGAAGUAUAUUGAAGGAUUAUCACUUAACCUUAGAUGAAAUACUGUUUUCUGAACAACAGUAUGGAUUCUUGCUGCUGACAUAAAAUGUUAUUGUUUGUUUGUUUGUUUUUCUUAGCCAAUGAGUUUAGUACAUUCGGACUGAAGUACAAUAAUGUACCCAAAGUCAUUGAUUUAACAAUAGUUGUAUUAAUUGGUACACAUUGGCACACCUUGACAAAAAUGUAGUCAUUGUUGGUUGGUUUAACUAUACCUACUUGUUUUUUUUAUACAUUAUCACAUCAUGAAAGACAGAUAUUGAUCUCUUUUCAUUUGACAGUUUUAUUCUGAUUUACAUUUUUCUUUCUAACUUUAUGGGAUGUCUUUUGGAGAUCUAUCUUCUUGGUGCUCGAUCACUCUGUGUUUAGUCUUCUUGUAUGGUUCUUUAUCAACCCUACACACACACACACACACACACACACACGCACACACACACGCACACACACACACACACACACACACACACACACACACCAUUUCAAUGUCAACAGCACAUGACUGAUAUAAGGAGCUUAUAACUUGUGAGUUUCAUUAUACUACAUUUAUGCUAUGAAAUGUAUGACUAUGGAAGUUAAUAAGCAAUUAUUUCAUUAUAUUGUACUUUACUAAUGCACAAGUUUCAGAAUUUUCAUUCACAAUGUGUUAUUUCCAACUGGGAUGUGGUGAUCAAUCAUAUUUGUUUCCUUUUUCAUUCUCAUUUAGUAUUGGACAUAAUGUAUGCAGCAAUGUGCCUACUUUAAAGGUAAUUUAGUAUUGGACAUACUGUAUGCAGCAAUGUGCCUACAUUAAAGGUAAUUUAGUAUUGGACCUACUGUAUGCAGCAAUAUGCCUACCUUAAAGGUAAUUUAGUAUUGGACAUACUGUAUGCAGCAACGUGCCUACCUUAAAGGUAAUUUAGUAUUGGACAUACUGUAUGCAGCAAUGUGCCUACCUUAAAGGUAAUUUAAUAUUGGACAUACUGUAUGCAGCAACGUGCCUACCAUAAAGGUAAUUUAGUAUUGGACAUACUGUAUGCAGCAACGUGCCUACCAUAAAGGUAAUUUAGUAUUGGACAUACUGUAUGCAGCAACGUGCCUUCCAUAAAGGUAAUUUAGUAUUGGACAUAAUGUAUGCAGCAAUGUGCCUUCCAUAAAGAUAAUUUAGUAUUGGACAUACUGUAUGCAGCAAUGUGCCUACCAUAAAGGUAAUUUAGUAUUGGACAUACUGUAUGCAGCAACGUGCCUACCAUAAAGGUAAUUUAGUAUUGGACCUACUGUAUGCAGCAACGUGCCUUCCAUAAAGGUAAUUUAGUAUUGGACAUAAUGUAUGCAGCAAUGUGCCUUCCUUAAAGUGCAAUUCCAGCGCUUUUCAAACUAAUGUUCAUUAUCUCCAGCACAAUGCCAGUGUCUACAUAUGUGAAAACAGCGCAUUUCUACGUUUUGUAGAAAAAAAUAUAAAGCAAAAACUUUCUACCCGAUGACACAUUUUAAAAACAAUGAUAUUCAAACACUAUGAGAUUCGCUGCGGUGUAGGGAGCAAGAAAAUACCCUCUCGGGCUACGAAUUCAUUGCAGGUUUUGAAAAUCACAUAUUUUUUUAACUUUUAAUCCUACCCCGGGAUAUCACAGAGCACCUUUCUUCUCAUCUUUCUUCUUUCACCUUUCUUCUUUUAAGCACCUUUCUUCUCACCUUUCUUCUUUCACCUUUCUUCUUUAAAGCACCUUUCUUCUCAUCUUUUUAAUCCUUAAGAGUAAAAAAAAAAGAUAUAUCUAGCUUAAACAGAUGGAUUUUGACUCCAGGGAGUCUUUGUAACCACAUAUCAUAGAAACACACUGUUUUCACAUAUGUAGACACUGAUAUGGUACUGGAGAUAAUGAAUAAGGUUGAAAUGUGGUGGAAUUGCCCUUUAACAAACUGAUGUUUCUCUGCAAUAUUACAUGUGUUUAUUUCUUUGGCAGAUAUCAUCAGUUUUUAUUUUUUUAAGGAAUAUUUGCCAUCCAUUAUUGACACAAUGUCUGAGGACAGUUUGGCGUGUUUCAUAAAAAUAAUUAGAUGAAUUAGAGUUUCUUAAUUUGGUUGUGUAUUUGGUCGUAAAAUAAUUAAGCUAUUUUUGUCACCGCUAUCGUUGUCUCUUUAUUAUUCCAAAUCUGGUCAACUCAACAUGUAGACUGAAAUAAACUGUAAAAUAUA